AGCACUUAUAGCCUUUAAAAAUGUUUUCGUUCAAAGUGUGCGUUUUGUUCAUCAUCGGUCUACAUGUAGCAGUGCAUGCCGGAGACCAAACUUACUUAACUUGUUCAGAGAGUGGUAGGCCGCCAUUAAGGGGCGUCCGAGGACCACCUGGACCCGCGGGGCCAACCGGUGCUCGAGGACCGAAAGGGGCGACAGGGGUUCCGACUAAGCUGAAGAACCAAGUACAGGAUUUGUCGAAAAGGUUGGAAAAGGCCGAGAAUGAUUUGGUGUUGAUGACAAAAACCAUCAACGAAAUUAACAGUAACGUGUGCCAAUGCAUGAAAGUUAUUGAUGGGCAAGUUUGGUACGGACCGGGAAACGGUUACCUAUACCUCAUUAUUGAAAAGAAUAUGGCCCACGACGAAGCUCACGCAAAAUGUAGUAAAUACGGAGCCACCCUUGCAGUACACGGACCAAAGAACAGAGAUUUUAUGAAAAUCCUUCACAAACAAUUGCCGGUUACGACACAGGAAGACUAUUGGAUCGGUCUCACUGAUAAACAGGGUGAGGGCCGGUUUGUUUGGGCGGACGGCUCCCCACUAAAAAGUAGUGAGGCAAACUGGCAUCCUGGGGAACCAAACGACUACGAAAACAAUGAAGAUUGUGUUGGUGGCAAUGCCGCAGGUAGUCUUAAGUGGAAUGACGUUCCUUGCUCACAUGGCGAGUUAUACGCACUUUGCGAACGUCGAGAAUAAAUCCUUGCAGUUUCUAAAAUGCCAUGAUACCAAACAAACGGAUUGAAUUGGAACAAUACAAUUUUCACAUUUAUUUUAUAAUCCGAAGUUAUCUUUGUAUUCGGUUAAUUAAUAAAUGAAGUAACGUAGUAUGAAAGUAAUGCUUCAAGCUGCGAACUUUAGGUUUGCUGAAAAAAAGGCCUCGAAAAAGGAUUAAAAAGGAUAUAUUUUGCCAUAUGCAAACAAGACGUAUAAACACAUUAUGUCGCUCUUUAAAAUAUCUCACAAAGCACUGCGGACAGGCAGGUUCUUUUAUUUCUUUGCAGCUUGGCCGAUGCUCGUAAAUAAACCAUAAGCAAUCGUUUCUAGUUUAUUACAUAUAAUACAUGUACUUUAAAUACCCUGAAUGCUUCUACAAUCUACAACAAAUACGUCCUUGCGAUCUGUGAAAGUGGAAGCGAGACUUCCUUAUUGUAUUCAAGAAUAUUAACUUAAGCCAUAAUAAGUGAUACGAGACUUAUACAAAAUAAUGGAUA